AUGACGAGCCGUCAGCGUGUCCAACCUGUUCUAGCCUGCGCUAGAUGCUAUUCGCUAAAGAAGAAGUGCGACAAGAAGUUGCCUUCCUGCUCUCGAUGCAUCAUAGCAGGUAAAGAGUGUGUAGGCAUUAACCGGCAUAGCCGCAAAGAAGUCCCACGAAGUGUGCUCCAGUAUUUAGAGAAGCGAUUAGCUGAGACCGAGCAAGAUCAAAGAAGCCGACCAGAGCCGGAUUACAUGCAAAUCGAGACAGACAGUAUAGUUUUAAAGACAGCCAAAGUCUCUGGACAUGCUUACAAUCAAGCUCUCCAGACCGUAAGCAUCUCGAUACGCAACUUGUAUACAACGAGUUGCGUGGGCAGUCACCCGGGGCUCCUCCAUGAAUCCAAGUUAUUUUACCCGACAGAACGACCUCCUGUCAAGGUUCCGGUACAUGGGUUCUACUAUGAACAUCUUGGAAAACGAGCAGGCUAUGGGAAUGAGUCUCAAUUCUCAGGAAUCGAUGCUCUGCGAAUCCCCUUCGAAGUUGCAAGGCACAUCUUUGACAACUACGUGAUUGCGAUCCUACCACGAUAUCCAUGCUUUACCAGCAGUGAGCUAUGGUAUCACUUUGGGCAAGUCUAUUCUAAACAGCAGGCGAAUGACUCCUCAUUCCCAGAUGUCAGCCGUUUUAUAGUAUCGAUGGUGUUGGCAGUCAGCUGCCUCACAUCGCGGCGUGAAGACUUCUCCAGAGUCGCGUCAAUGAGCGAGUCGCUUUACCGCGAUGCAAUGCGCCAUUGGACUUUCCUAAAGCACUCUAAUAUCAAAUCACUCCAGGGGCUUCUUUUGUUGAUACAACUUGGCCUUUUGUUGCCAUAUAUCAAUAAUGUAUUCUACUUGGGUGGUGAAACCGUACGCAUGGCCAUUGGAUUAGGCCUUCAUCAAGAGGUAGAUCCUACUAACGGGCUUACUUCACAGGAGGUCUAUUUGAUCGACAGGACUAUUGCAAUUUCAACAGGAUCGCCCCCGUGUGUGAGCGAUGGGCAUAUCACUACAUGCUUGCCUGGUGGUGUUGAAGAAGGGAGCCAUACUGCCGAGGUUUCUACAUCAUAUAGUGAUGGAAGGCUAAAUGCGAAACACUUUUUGCUACAGAUCCAACUAUGCCGGCUUCAAUCCGAAAUAUACGAGAUCAAAUUCUUCGAUCGGGCUAUCCCAGAUCAGUUUCCAAGUCACGACAACUGGGUUCAGCACAUGGAGGAGCGUAUAAGCAGCAUGCUUAAUCUUUCAGUCUCUUCGGAUGGUGUCGUUCCGCAAUGGAUAGUCAACAGUGCACAUCAUAGCCAGAACUUGUUGCAUCGACCAUAUCCCGGAAAUAUGGCACCAAGUCAUGCUUCCUUAAUGGCCGCAACGACAAGCGCGAUCAGCCUAAUCAAUGGCUACCACAAAUCUUUUCAGAACCCCAGAUUAACCUGGACUUUUGUGGUGGUCAACAAUGCCUUUCAAGCAGCAAUCGUACUACUGUACAUCUUCGGGAACUAUGGAUACAUCGUCCGUGAAGCUUCUUUAGAAAAUGAGCUCCUUUCCGCACUUGACAACUUGAUGGCUAUUCUUGAUGUUGGGGCACAGAGGUGGCCAGUAAUUGAUAUCACUAGCUUGUAUAUCAAAGAUCUCCGAGAUGUCGUAUUUUCGCAUCAACCAGGUUCGAUCGGCUCAGAAAAUGAUUUAAAACUCCUUGGGGAGCUUGAAUUACUGCUCUCGCAACGUCGCAUUCGCAGUAUAUAUCAAGCAAAUACAGAGAUCCAGCAUGAAUUUCUAUCUGUUGAACCUUCAUCGCCUCACGAAUAUUCUCAACAGCCAUUUUCAAAUGAUAUGUGGCAAGAGUUUAUUGGAGCUCAAUUCGAUUUUGAGGACGCAUACUCGCUUAACUUUCUCGAAUCCUCCUGGCUAGCUCAACAGCAGCAGACGCUUCUCACGAGUACUGUAGAGGCUACAAACGAAAUACCGACCUCAGAGCUUCCAAAAGACAUCAAGGAUGUCAUUGAUUCAAUGCCAUCUUGCAGCUUCUGUCGUGAUCAACACAUACGGUGCGAUCGUGAGCUUCCAUUCUGUGGUGCCUGUCAUAGAUCGCGCCGGGAGUGUGUUUAUUAUGAUCUUAUAUUAUCGCAAGAAAUUCCCCGAAGGAAUAUCCAUAAUUUAACCCAAAGGAUCACUGCGGCAAGCCAAUUUGUACCAACACUUCAAAAUAUUUCUUUAGCUUCUACAUUUCCUUCAAAGCCUGUCUCUAUAGCCAACUCACAGCCAACUUGGGGCAUCAAUCUCUUGAUCCCAGCUGCGGGAACAUCCAAGGUUGGGUCGGGAAAGUCACAGGACACGCCCAUGUCCUCUAUACGGACCACAAACCCGGAUUAUAUAUUCUUUGGCGUGUCAAGUCACCUUGCGUCGAUAAAUUCAAUUAUGCUUCCGCUUUCAGAAUACACCCCUGCAAUUUUCGGACGCGAACCCGGCGCCAGACCGAUCCCUGAUUCCAGCACACCAAGGGUCCAGGUUAACCGCCCGGACAUUUCGACCGCCUUGCGUCUCUUUGCAGUAUUUUACAGAUCAGUCCACGUGUGGUACCCCGUCAUGAAUGACGAGUCUUUGCAGGGUCUACUCUCAUGUUGCUACACCGAACCCCUUGGUUCUUGUUUGGACCACGACCAGGAGCUGUUCUACUUGAUUCUCGCUAUAAGCAGUCAAUUAACGAAGAGAGCCGAGCCCUGGGUGGGCUUCACGCCGGCUGCAUACUUUGACAAAGCCACUUCACAUGUCGACACAGGCUGUGAUCAUUCAUCGGGUUCCAGUACUUUGCAUAUGAUGCAAAGAUCUCUGCUCAUAUGUAUAUACUUGCUCCUGAGCCCUGGCGGAGGCGACAUUUGGAGGAAUCUCGGCUUUGCGAUUCGACUUUACUUUGAUAUGUCACACGGCCGUUCAGAGAACAUCAAUGACCUAGAUGAAGGCCAUCUCACUAUGCUCGCCAGAACCUUGUAUUGCAUCGAGGGGUACGUGCAGAUACCGGAAUCCAAGCACUGGACUGAUGACGAGAGCAGGAAAGUAACUACCGCAUUUGGUCGGCCAACGGUGUUGAUAACAGGAGAUAAAUUACGUGAUGAAUUGACCCAGCCAAUCUGUGACACCACAGAAGAACGCGUAUCUAUACAGUUCUACCGAAUCUCAACAAUUAAAAUGCAAGUCCAAAGCCUCCUGCUCUCCGAAGCAUCCAUGCAGUGCAAUCCAGGAAAACUGAAGGAAAGAUGUGAAAUGUUUCGAAAAGAACUACUCCAAUGGAACCAAUCUUGGAAAACGGACUUCAUGUCCGCUAUUAGGAGCGAGCUGCACGACUGGAAAGGAGCUGUCCAGUGUCUCGAGGCAUGGGGUAGCUUGCAAUACAAUUCGACUAUUCUCAUUCUCUCUAGGUUUUCAUCCGAAACGGCUGAAUAUGUUUUCAACGCUGUUCGAGAAAUUGUGUCUUGCUGUAGCCUCCUCGUCAGACAACAACAAUAUUCGUUUUGUGCUAUUCACGACGAUGAAAUAUGUCGCCAGAUUCCGGUAUUUCCCACUGAUUGGACCAUUUCACACCUUCUUUUCUCUGCUGCGCUUCAUCUGUUUUCUUCUGAGAAGCGAGAUGUGGCGGACCAUAAUAGUUGGGAACGAACGGUGCGAUCUUGCUUAGCAACUAUGGCGUUGAUGGAGGCUGAUCCAGCCAAUUUGUCUAUGGGUUUCUCGGAGAUAUUAGAAGGAUUGUAUUGUAAAAUCUAA